AUCGAAUAAAAGGGGAGGGAGGAGUAAUUUCGCGCGUUGAACGGAUACCGAAUAAUUUCGAAGAGAUUCGCAAGUCACAGCGUCGUCUCGAGUAAUCGGGCAAAGAUCAUUAAGUAGGCGAAUCCGUCCAUCAAAGCCCGACGAGAUGUCCGUCAUGGGAAAGCCAGUACUCUACUCCUAUUGGCGGAGUUCUUGCUCGUGGAGAGUACGAAUUGCAUUGAAUUUAAAAGAAAUCCCCUAUGACAUAAAGCCAGUUAGCUUGAUAAAAAGUGGUGGAGAACAACAUUCUAAUGAAUUCCGUGAGAUCAAUCCAAUGGAGCAGGUGCCUGCACUUCAUAUUGACAAUCACACGUUAAUAGAAUCUUUAAAUAUCUUGCAAUACCUAGAAGAAACCAGACCACAUCGACCUUUAAUGCCUGCAGAUCCAGUAAAACGAGCAAGAGUCAGAGAAAUUUGCGAGGUUAUUGCUAGUGGUAUACAGCCUUUGCAAAAUUUAGUCGUGUUGAUUUAUGUUGGAGAAGAACGCAAGAAGGAAUGGGCACAACACUGGAUUACUAGAGGUUUAACAGCUGUAGAAAAAUUAUUGUCAUCCAGUGCAGGGAAGUACUGCGUAGGUGAUGAAAUCACAUUAGCAGACUGUUGCUUAAUACCACAGAUAUUUAAUGCAAGGAGGUUUCUCGUUGACCUACGACCUUUCCCAACGAUUUUAAGGGUAGAUCGUCAUUUAGAGAAUCACCCAGCCUUUACCGCUGCUCAUCCAAACAAUCAGCCUGAUUGCCCACCAGAGGCAACCAAGUAGCAAGCAAGGCAGACCACCCUCUUCCUCUUCUAAUUUAUUAGAAAUAGGAAGGGAGUGGUCCAAUAUGUUGUAGUUCUGUAGUGACAAAAGGUGAUGCAAUUUGAUUUUUAAAAAAGAUAUUAGCAUAUAAUUAUGUUAAAAUGAUAAUAAUAUACGCCCUAGUGUUGUAUAUUAAUUAAUUUUUAAUACCACAUGUUGUAAAUUGAAAUUUACGAAUACAACUAUUUCUUUUUUCUUAUCGUUUUCUAGGAUUAAAUUCUUUUGUUUAGUAGAAGUAUACACCUUUUAUCACUUACGAACUACCUUUAGGUACCGAAAUGGUAAACAGUGUAACGUAGAGUAUCGAACUCUAUGAUGAUUUUCAGUUGUUUGUAAAACCGAAUUCCGUGAUAUGAUAUCUGUUUCGGGUGAAAAAACGCACUGUACCAUUUCUGUACUUAAUCAGAGGAUAAGAAUGUUGGCCUGUUUUUAUUUUUGUUAUAUUUUUUCAUUGGUUUCUAUAUACACAGAAUCAAAAUUAACAAAAUUUGUCUUCGUACAGUACUUACAAUUACUUUGUAAAACGUACUGACCUAUUAUAAAUAGGUUCUGUUGUCUGAAAUCAAAAGUUUACUUUUUAUACACUUACAAUAAUGUAAUUUUUCAGUUACUUUUAGCUUACUUAGAUUAAGGAGAAGUGUUGCUAUUAAAUAAUAUUAAAUAUAACUUGAAAUUCUUUACCGAGUAUAAAGUAGCAGAUUUAACAUCGCAGGUACACAUACUCACAUACAUACACAUUGAAUAAACAAAGAAAUAAAGAGGAAACGUGUAAUAAGGGAAUGCAAUCUGCUCAAACUCCGUAAUAAUAUCGAGGAAUGAAAAGUACAAAUCAAAUUCCUUUUUCUAAAGCUUUAUCUUGAGUAUGUUUCGUUUUGCUCCGUACUAUGUCAGUCCAUAAGUGAACAUUUUCAAAUAGUAGAUAUGAGGUAAUUUCGAUUUUAUAUAUUUUUUUAAUGUUAAAAAAAUAGGAAGGUGUGCUCGAUUUUAAUAUGUCGCACAAGCUCGUCACGUGUGUAUUGUUAUUAAGAUAGAAUCAUUCUUUUCAGCGUUCCAUGGGAAAGAAGUUACAUUUUAAAAUCAUUCAAAAAUGAUUUUUCACUCGACUCUAUCAAACUGAUAGAAAACAAUAAUUAAAUAGACAUUUCGUAGGAUACUAUUACGUUUCAAUAUUGAGCACCCUUUGGAACUUUACACUAUAUUUUCUUGCGAAGAGUAAUCUUUAUAUAGAGAUACAUUUUUUAUUGUAUCACCUAUAUUGUAUAACUUUGACAUAUUUUGUAGUUUUAUACACAAAUGAUACGUUUACUGUACAACAAAGUUCACACGAACAAAAGUCAAGACGAAACAGAAUCGCGUGGCAAACUUUAUCAAUAACUUCGGCAUUGUUCCUUAUUGCCGGGUUCCUUCUUGCCAUUACUUUCUACGGAAGUAAAAACUAUCCUUGAUUUAUAAAGAAAUCGUACGAUGGCAAAAAGUUAGUAAUUCGCAGCGUUUAAGAGAAUACCGUAUUAUGUAAGAACGGAAGGGGGUUGGGGGAACGUUUGUUUGCAUGCUUCUGUCAUGCAACGGUCUAUCACAUAAUAGAGAUAGUUUAUAAUUUAUAUUCUAACGUAAAGGAGGAGAAAGACGCAACAUACACUUCGUAUUUAGAUAUGUGCAUUAUGCAAACGUGUGAUUAGAUAAUAACAUAUGUAUAUAAUUUUUAUACAACAAAAAUUGGAAUGUUACAUGCGGAAAACAGUUUCAGCCAUAUUUUCGAGAUGGCUGUUCAUACCGUGUCGACAAAUAUAUCGCAUGUCAUAUAUUACAAAGUUUAUAGAGCACGCAUAAGGAAAGGAUGCAAACAAGUGGUGCCCUUCGAGCGUAAUCGCACAAAAAAGAUUUUUAUUUCUUCGUCGAUCUCUCUGUUAUCGAGGCAUGUAUCAUGGAACACUUCGAUCAAUGCGACGUAAGAUGCUAGUGGACAUUAAUAAAGUGUCGCGAUAGCGAGGAAGAGAGCCUAACUUUUCUUUGUAACUCUCGUGAUAUUUGUUACUCUUGUAAUAAUAAAAUAUCGGAGUAAGAGAAAUGGAUAAUUUUUAUGAAAAAUGUUUGGAGAGAAAGAGAAAAAAAACCAUCAAGCUACAUUUGGCUUGAGGUAACGUAGGGGGAAAAUUCGCGAAGUUAGUGUACAAAUAUUAUUGCAUUCAACGAUGAUGUUUUUCGUGUUCGAUGCGAUAGAAACGAAUUCUCCAUUUCUCUGGGGACUGGUACUUUUUCUUUCUAAUUCGGGAGACCGAUAACUAUACUUUUAGCGCUUUUUCACUAUUAGCUUGUUCGCGAACAUGUGAGAGCCCGAAGCAGGAAAGUACGUAAUAAUAAUGAUAAUUAUAAUAAUAAUUAGAAUACUAACGGUAAUAACGAAUCAGUGAACAUUUGUUUUACAAGCAAAUUAACAGGAAAAAAAAGGGAAAUACGCAACAUAGUAUCACUGUAUAGUCGGACAAACUAAGGGCAAUAAUGGUUGAACCAGAUUAGGAGUUCAUUUUACUGAUGGUCCUAAGUAGAGUUUAGUUAGGUAGAGCAGCGUACACAUUUGUAAAAGGAUGCGUGAAGAAACUUUGUAGGAGCAAAUGCGUGUAUGUAUUAUAAUAACGGAUGCAAACGAUACUUAAUGAAAACUUAAGUAAGGAAAGAAUCACCGGUAUGAUAUGCAUAGAUAUUUUGUAAGUGAAAAUGAAUUAUGUACGUUCACUGCUUAUGAGGAAUAAUAAAUUCUGUGUCAUAGUGUAUGUAUAUUAAUUUGUAGAUGCGAAGCUAAAAAAAAACGAAAAAAACGCUGUCAACAAACUAUAAAUACAUUUGUGAAUGUGCACUUAUCAUUCGAAUAAAAAAUACGUUUUGACUGUAGCCAGUAUGGUCGAUGUUUAUUAACGUACUAAAAUCACCGCGCUCUAAAACAAAAACAAAGAGAGAAAAGAAAAAGGAGAUGAAUACAAACAAAACGAAGGAAAAAGAAAAAAAAAAUAGGAUACACAACUUACCCGGCAACAGAAGAUAUUUCGCAUAAUCACGAUCGAAUCGUCCCACCGCGAAUUACUCCAAACGUAAUCGGUAGACGGAAAUUUAAAACUGAAACAGAGUUUAGCAAAAUAACUGAGCAACAGCUAGAAGCGUGAAACUAAAAGGAAAAACGUCGAUCCGCUUCACAAAGGUUUCAUCGAUAUCGCUUUGUUCUCCUUAUCUUCUUUCCUUUUUUUUUUUUUUUUUUUUUUUGUUUCGAAUAACACAAGCGCUCUCGUAUCUCCUCUGUCUGAACUGGAUUAAUUUUCUUUCGUUUUCAAUAUCUUUAUUACAAAUCAAUGGUGUAAAAAAAUACAUUCCCUUAUCUAUACUGACUAGUUAGAACAGCACGGGUUUUUCUGUUUUGUACGCCGAAUUUUGUACGCUGACGAAAUGCAGGGGCAACCGAUCUCGCCGGUUCCUUUAGUGCCAUAUAUAUUCCGAAUGAUAUGCUAUUCCGAACGUGAGAUACGUUUAACAAGAACAACAGCAACGACAAAGUUCGCGAUAGAACCGACACAUAGCUAGAACGAGUACAAUAGAACGACGAUAACAUUAAAUAUUAAUCCGAGUGUAACGGUAUGUCUGCGCUUCUUCGCCGUUCGAUAUAUGCUUCGAAAAUAUUGUACCUACGGAAUUACUCGCACGUUCCUCCGGUUUAACGCGCGGUUCCCCGUGACGAAACGCGGGAGUAAACCAGAGGCAAGACAUGCACGUGAACUUGACAUCGCAUAUACAAACGCAUUUGUUUUUCCUGUUUCUCCCGUUCGUGUAUGUACAUAUAAAAGAACUUACAGACUAGUCGCGUAAAAUUGUUAAUUGUACAUUAUCGUAUUUACAGGUACGCAUGCUACCACUUAAUGAAGUGCGUGUUUUCAUCUCUCGUGAGCUUUCUAUCAAAAUUUGGAAGGCUUCGUCGUAAGUUGUAAGUGGAGCGAGACCGUGUCCGGUCAGACAGGAGACGCGCGAAUAAAGUACGAACGUGUCGCGAUCAAUCGAUUGGGAACCUUCCUAAUUUCGACAAAAUUACAAUUGCACAGAAUUCAUUUGGACACCGUUAUCGGAAACGAAACGGUAAACAGAUAAAGAGAGAGAAAGAGGAAAAGAAAAGACGUUCCAUCGACGAGGAACGUUUCUUUUUUUUUCUUUUUUUUUUUUUUUCUUCCUUUACGGUAGAAACUUCUGCGACGUAUACUCGGAGAAACAGUCUUUGGUGAAUGAAAGAGAUAGAGAGAGAGAGAGAAAAAAAAGAAAACGACAAGAGAAUGCGUAUGACGAUCAUACAGCGACACUGAAUGGACAGAUGGAUGGAUCGAUGGAGUAGAUGGAUGGAACGUGUGUGGCCAGGUCAUGAAAUGAAGAACAACAGAAUGCAUUUAAUGAGCGAUUGUUUAUUAUGCUCUUAUGGUCACUUGUCAUACAGGUAACGAUGCUUUCUCAUGAGUGAAAAUAGUUAAUAUAUUAUGUUUAAUAUUUAUAAUUAUUUAACAUUGAAUGGAAUAACUCUGAUGAUGAAAGAAUAACAAUUUAUGGAUGCAAAUAAAUGUGAUUAGAGUGUAAAGUAAUUAUUUAGAGUAAAUUCAAAUGCUGUGAACUAAUUAUAUAUACAUAUAUAAAAUAUAUAUAUAUGUAUAUAUAGUAUAAUAUAUACUUCAUCAAUAACAAUCAUAGUGUGGUGCCCAAGAGGUCACGUAAACUUUUAAUAACAAGCAAAAAUUAUCAAAUAAAAACGUAAUCAUUUUCGCGUCGUCGAUCAAAAAAACAAAGACCUAUUUUUGUCUUCUUUCUCGUGUUCAGGCUUACAAGCCGUGUGAUGCAUGCUCGCUUGUCGUCGCGUUUAUCGAUCCGCACAUCUCGGAUUCAUUUUGAUUUUUCCCGAUCGUUGAUUGGUCGUUUCAACUUUGCCUCGAAUAAUCACGCUAAUCGUCAGAUUAAAAUCAUUUCCUUGGAAAUCGAAAGGAAUAUUAACAAGAAUAUUGGAGAAUAUUAAAAAAGAAUGCCGAGUGGAUUCUCGUCGCGUCGAUAGGGAAAACACGAAAAACACUCCUCUCUAUCGACUCGAGUUGAGAAGAGCUCGACGAUUAGUCGGCGCAACUUUCGCUUGCUCGUUUAGUUUUCGAAUUAACCCAUUUAUAUCGGUGUAACAAAAUCGAAAAGUGUAUCGCUUCUCGUUCGGCAACGUCGAAAAAGCGGAGCGUUUUUGAAACGUUCAAAUCCGAGGUGAGAAUCGAAGCUAAAGGAUCGUUUACUCUCGCGAAAAUACAAUUGAACGUAACAUUAUAGAAAAAAGUAACGCAACUUUUUGUGCUCGAUACAAUAUAACAAUCGUUUGUUUUGAAGGGAGUCGUAAAACACAAGGGACAAGUGUCUUGUCGUAUGCUUAGUUUCCUGUCGUUCUUUUCCGAACUAUCGUAUGCAGAGCUACACGCGACAUUCCCCUAUUAUUUUCUUUGCUUUCGUUCUCUUGUAUACUUUCGUCUCUUUUUCUUGGAAAAAGACCGUGACAGAACAAUGUUACAAAUGGAUCGUUUAUUUGUACGAUCCAUUUCACGGACAAUCGAUGCGCAUCGACACACGUAUCCAAACACGUGCAUAUCCCUUUUCUAAUAUAUCGCUUAGAUGAUUCUCAAUAAUUAACAGCCCUAUUAUAGUUUCUCUUAUCUUCUUCAUCUUUCUUUUUUUUUUUUCUUAUCCGUUCAGAGAGUUUUACUCGCCAAUCGGUAUGUAUAUAAAUGUAUACAUAUAUAUAUAUAUAUAUACAUAUACAUAUACAUAUACACAGGUGUAUAUAUACAUAUAUAUAAUCUUUCAUCCCAAGAGAACACGCUAUACUCUUUAAUAAUAAUAAUGAUAAUAAUAGAGAUUCUCUUUUUUUUUUCUUGUGAUAGUUAGAUUUAACUAUAGUUUCUCGCGAACUUUUGAAUCUGAAUCGCAAUACCCUUUUUUUUUCUAGCAGGCGAGUUCUCGUAAUAUAUACAUAUACAUAUAUACAUACAGAUAUAUAUUAAAAAAUACAAUUUCGUUCGCUGCUCUUUUUAUGCAUCGUUUCCUCUUUUUAAUAUAUAUCCUGACGAAAUGAACAAACAAGAAAAAAAAACGAAACAAAAACGUAUGAUCGACCGUGUAAUACGUGCGUCAAUUAAAUCAGUCGGUGAAAGCGCGCCACGUAUCGAAUCGAAAUGGAUCUUUCUUUUCUUUCCCUUUUGAUUAUCAUCGAUCGAUCGAAUGCCAAUUUAGCCGUAUUUUCUUCUCUUCUUUUCCCCCGCUUCCUCCUCCUCCUCCUCCACCGCUCCCCCCCCCCCCCUCAUCUAUCUCGUUUAUUUCUCGGUGAUCGCGAUAUAUGAAACGCACGAGGCACACGGUCGUCGUGUUCUUACUAUUACUUUAUAGCCAAAGGAAUGUAAGGUACAAUACUUGUGAUCGUGUUCCAUCAGUGACGAACGAAUCUCUACUAUGGUACCUCUUUCGCAGCCAGCUGCUCUUGAAAUUCGAAAUAUUCGUGGAAGAUAAUGCUAUUUAUUUCAUCUAAUGUAACCGGCAUCGUAAUUCGGAUACGAUCCUUAGAAAGGUAAAGCACAACGCGCGGCACUGCGUUUCGCGUGAAACCCUCUAUUAUAUAUUUUCAUAUUUUUUUUUUCGUUUUGUUUAAAUCUUUCUUUUGCGUGUAUAGGCAUGCAACAUUUCGCGUUAUACAAGUGUACAAUGUUCGUCUGUACGUGUAUGCAUAUAUGUAACAUGGGUAUGUGUGUGUGUGUCUCUCUCUCACUCUGUGUAUGUAAUGUAUGUAUGUAUGUAUGUAUGUAUAUGUGUGCGUGUGUGUGUACAAUGACAACAAGUCGUUAAUGAACAUGAAUGUGCACACAUGCACCAUCGCGGUGCACUAUUUUUUUUUUUCUUCGCGACUUAGCGAUUAUUAAUCUACUUAUAUUCAACAAGGUACUUAAUAGUUUUUUUUUUCUUCAUCCUCAUCAUCAUUAUAAUCCCCGAGCUGCUAUGUGCUACUUCUACCUCAACAAUAACGAUUCUCAUCCAAGUUCUUCGUUAUUAUUCUUCAUUAUUUUUUUUUUUUUUUAAAUCUUUUUCUUUACAUAUGCUUACCCAAAAUAAUAUACCGUGUAUUAACAGU